AUGGAAAUUAAGUUCACUCUUUUGUCACUAGUUUUUAAUUUAAUUGACUAUAGUCACAGCUGGGUGUUCAACAAUAUUGAUAAUAAGUCAUCAGACAUGAUAAAGAUAUACCUCAGAGAUGUAGACGUGGAACACAGGUUGUCUGAAGAAGAUUUAGCCAGACUUAGAUUCGAUCUCACAUUUCCAGGUACGAAAUGGUGUGGACCAGGAAACGUUGCAGAUGACUAUGAAGACUUAGGAUCAGAUAAAGAGGCAGAUAUCUGCUGUAGAGAGCACGAUAACUGCUCGGACGCCAUACCUGCGGGGGAGUCAAAGCAUAAUUUAACCAACGAAGCUUUUUAUACGCGAUUGAGCUGUGCUUGCGAUGAGAAUUUCCGUUUAUGUCUUCGAAAUGGAAAUACGAAAACUUCCACUACAGUAGGGCUGAUGUACUUCAAUGUAAUUGGGACUCAGUGCUAUAGAAAAGAUUAUCUUACAACUGGAUGCAUUAAAAAAGGAGGGUGGCUGAACACAAAGUGUGUUGAAUAUUCAUACGAUACGAGCAGCAACAUGACUUACCAGUGGUUUGACGUGCCCAACUACUGA